ACCCGAGCUGGCAUCGCCCCCUCCCCGCUUGCCCAAGGUGUGGGGAGAGGGCCCCGCCAGGGCGCGCAGGCGCAGACGUCAACUCUGCUUGGCCGAUACUUGGCAAGGCGCCCGUCACGUGAGCGCGCGCCCGCUCGGCCCCUCUCCUCCUGGCAGGGCUGUGAAUGAAGCUCAGCCGGCUACGUGGGGCGCUAGCUCAACUUGGUGUUCUGGGCGCCAGAGCCAACUGAGCGCUCGGCCCGCCAGCCGCGGACACGGGCUUCACCACUCCAGAUCUCGGCGACAGAGCAAAUCAGUUUCCUGGACUGCCAAGUGAAGCCGUACGUGUGCGCCUGAUAACGUCUGUGUAAGCUACCUCGACUAAAGUGAAGGAAAUCCAGAAGUGUGGGGCAUAAAAGCCAGGUUGGGGCUUGAACAUCUGUCAUAAAGUAAGACCACACCACUGCUGUUCCAUCUAUAUCCCGUUAAAACCUCCCUACAAAACUGGGGUGCUCUGGGAAACUCUGAGCCUGUGACCUCAACGUGGGAGUGGAUAGGAUCAACAUGGCCAUGUGGCAGGUUGGGACUUCCAGGAAGAGCCUGAAUAGGAUGAGUGCAGACAUCCUUGCCUUGCUCCUUGAUCUUGGCAGGAAAGCAUCUAAUUUCUCACCAUUAAGAGCCAUGGAUAAUAGAGGCUUUCAGCAGGGGUGUUUCAAUAGCUUCCAGAGCAGCUCCAGUGAUGAGGACUUGGUGGACAUACCCGGGACAGCUAUGAAUUUCUCCCUCAGAGAUGAUGUUCCUCCCUUAGAUGGAGAAAUAGAAGGUAUCAUUAUUGCUGAUGACAAGUUAUCUUUUUAAAAUUAUUUUUAAUGUACAUAUA